GCGGGAAAAUAACCGUCUUGUCAUGCAUCCUUCUUCUCUUCCCUGCCGCUUCUUCUUCUUCUUCGUUUUCUCCGCAAAGAUAAAAAAUGCUCGGGCAUUCUCGCGUUUUUGUGAGUCCGUCACUGUACUGGACCCGUCCCACCAGCUUCUCCAUCUCCUGCAAUUAGCUGUCGAUCAUAAUUCUCUGAAACUCACCCAGCAAACUCAUGGUCGGAUUUACUCUCGCGGGUUCGAUCAAAAUGCUUUUGUCGCAACUAAGCUCAUAUCUUCAUAUUCGACGUGUGGAGUUCCGGCAGAUUCUCGCCUUGUCUUUGAAUCGGUUCGCGAGAAAAAUGUAUUUCUAUGGAAUUCGUUGAUCAGUGGCUACGUUAAAAAUGGCAUAUUUGAAGAGGCCUUUCAUAUUUUUAAUCGAAUGCGUAGGGAUGAUGAAAUGCCUGACAACUACACUGUUGCUACUCUUUCUAAGAUUUCCGGCGAGCUUGGGCACUCGGAAAUUGGAAGAAUGAUUCAUAAUCUGAGUAUAAAAAGUGGGUUUGUUUCAGAUACUGUUGCUGCAAACUCCCUCAUGUCAAUGUAUGGUAGAUGUGGGAGGCUUGGCGAUGUUCGGAACUUGUUUGAUGAAAUGCCUUGCAGAAAUUCUGCUUCUUGGAAUGUUCUAAUUUCUGGGAAUGCUGUUUCAGGGAAUUCUAUGUUCGAUGAGGACGUAUGGAAACUUGUAAAACAGAUGCAGAUGGAAGGGGUGAAACCCGAUGCUUUUACUUUUUCCAGUCUUCUACCUUUUUGUGGAAACAAUAACGGGCAACCGGAUCAUGGCAGAGAGAUCCAUGGUUUUAUCAUAAAAGAUGAGCUCAUAUUGGAGUCAGAUGUUCAUGUGGGUUCUUGUUUGAUUGAUAUGUACUCCAGGUGCCAAAAGGUGAGCAUUGCUAGGCGGGUAUUUGACCAAAUGAGUUGUAAGAACAUUGUUUCUUGGACUGCAAUGAUCUCUGGUUAUGUGCAGAAUGAAGAGGCAGAAGAAGCUCUGACACUUUUUCGAGAAAUGCAGAUGAGAUACGGGGUAGAACCCAAUAGAGUUUCGCUUGUGAGUGUCCUCCCUGCCUGUAGCUCUCUUGCUGGUUUGAUGGAAGGAAAACAAAUUCAUGGUUUUGCCAUUAGAAAAGUAUUGCACCAGAAAGUCUCUCUGAGCAAYGCUCUAAUUGACAUGUACUGUAAGUGUGGGAAUUUGAAUUGGGCAAGGCAUGUCUUUGAUGAUGAUUCUUGUUGUAAAGAUGCAAUCUCCUGGAGCUCGAUUAUUGCUGGGUAUGGACUACAUGGGAAGGGCCAUGAAGCCAUCUUUCUAUUUAAUAAGAUGCUUCAACUUGGGUUCUCCCCAGACAACAUUACAUCAGUGGGAGUUCUUUCAGCUUGUAGUAGGUCAGGAUUAGUAACCGAAGGCUUGAAUGUUUACAAUUCAUUAGUGAUGGAUUAUGGAGUUUCACCUACAGUGGAAAUUUGUGCCUGUGUAGUUGACAUGUUAGGUCGAUCAGGGCAGCUUGAUCAAGCAUUUGACUAUAUAAAUUCGAUGCCUGUCAAACCUGGCCCCAGUGUUUGGGGAGCUCUUUUCUGUGCUAGUUCACUUCAUGGGAAUUCAGAAAUGAGGGAUUUGGCUUAUAGGUCCCUUGUUCGGUUAGAACCAGAGAAUCCAUCGAACUAUGUAUCCCUGUCAAAUGUACAUGCUUCUUCUGGGAGGUGGGACAGUGUGGCAGAAAUCAGAACAAGGAUGAGGGAAAGAGGGCUAAGAAAGUUACCAGGCUGCAGUUGGAUUAGUAUCGAUAGCAAGAUUCAUUCUUUCUAUGUUGCUGAUAAAACACACCCCUGUUCAAACUUGAUAUACAGGAUGCUGGAUGACCUUGUAUUAACAAUGAAGGGAGCUGGUUAUGUUCCUGAUUUUGAGAACUUGACAUAGGUGUAUACAUUCAUGGAUUUCUCUAGCAAACAUGAUCAAACUCCAAUAACAGUAAUGGAUAUUAGAGUUAGUUAGUUCGUUGGGGGAUUUUUUUUAUUAAUUGUAUCAUAAUUAGUGAAAUAAUUAUAUCCAAAAUUUUUGUGAAA